CUAGCAUAACGUUAGCUUACUUUGUUCCUUGCUGCUACUUGUCCUCUGCGUGGUUUCAGGAAAUGUGAUAGGACUUCAUUUUAGCAAGCAUACUAAAGCAGGCUGUACAGUCGAGGAUCUGUGCUGCAGAUGCAGAAACCAUAUGCCCUACUUAUUCUGUCUGAUUUUCAGAAAUCUUUACAUGUCAGCUAUUUAACGUUAGCUCAUCAGACAGGUGUUGUGUUGAGAUGUGUUUCCCCGUCGAGAUGUGUUUCCCCUAACCUGAACCCUAAUCUUAUCCUAACCAUAACCACAGAGGACAUCGAUCCAAGAAACAUUGUUUUAACAAGGGGAAACACAUCCUGACGGGAGAACACAAGACCGGCCUUAGAUAAGAAAUGAAAUUCCUCUUUCUUGCAUGUCUUAGCCCAAGAACUGGGAACCACACUACAGCUGAGAGAAUAAGGUCCCACAUUGAAUCAGCAGGACACACUUGUGAGCUCAGAGAUGUAGCAGAGUUUCAGUCUCCUGCUGAUGUGGCACACCUCAUAUCUCAGAAUCCAACAUUCGAGGGUGCACUGGCCAUUCAUCUGUUCAGAGCAGGCAGACUUCUCCUGGACAUCCAGCUACCCUUUGGCGUCAUCUUUGGCGGAACAGACAUAAAUGAAGAUGUGAAAGUGGAGCAGAAGCGUGUGGUUAUGGAGCAGGUGCUACUGAAAGCCAGGUUUGCAGUUGCAUUUACUGACAAACUGAAAGAAGCGGCAGAAUCAUUUUUGUUGUCCCAGAGAAGUAAAAUCUUUGUCCAGCCCCAAGGUAUCCAGACGGAAGUGGCUGAGGAAUUUUGCUGGACUGAAUUCUUGAGUAGCUCAGGUAUAAGCAUUAAGCAUGUGGAUAAGCUGCGUGUGUUCCUGUUGGUCUGUGGCCUCCGAAGAGUCAAGGACCCCCUCUAUUUGGUGGAGGUUUUUUCAGAGUGGCAUUGUGAGGAUCCGCUGAAUGUGUUGGUCAUUAUUGGGCCAAAGGGUGUCAGGCAAAAGAUGGAUCCUGUGCUUACAGUGGAAGUGGAAGCUGUUGUUAAAAGAACAGCAGGGGUCUUCUUGGCCCAGGAGAGGAGCCGUCAGGAGCUUCAUGCUGCAAUGAAAAGGUGCUUCGCUGUGGUCAACAGCUCCGUCUCCGAGGGCAUGUCAGGAGCCAUCUUGGAGGCCAUGGAUCUUGGAGUACCUGUGCUGGCCAGGAAUAUUCCAGGAAAUGCCGCCGUGGUGCAGCAUGAGUUCACUGGCCUGUUGUACUCAUCUCCUCAGGAAUUUGUGCAUCAAUCUCAGAGGCUGUUGUCAGAUCAUGAGCUAAGAGAGAGGGUGGUGAGGAAUGGAAAAAUCUACGUGGAAGAGCAUCACAGCCUGAAACGGGAGAGAGAAACUUACCAGCAGCUGGUGAACACACUGCACUGAGUGUAAGGUCACAGUAUUCAACCCCAGCCCAGUUUCUUAGGAAUCUCAGCGACGGAGAACAGGAGUUUACACCUGUAUUCUGUACUUACCUCGCAUAGCUAAGUGUAAUUAUCACAGGUGUCUUUACCCUCAGUCUUUUAAGCAAUCAGGCUACAAAAUAACUGUACAAAACAAUCAUGUUUUUAUCUGCACUGCCAGAUUGAAAUUAUACUGCAGAGAACUUCGCGCCAAAGACAAAUAACUGUUUUUGCUCUAACGUAUUUUAUGCAUUUGAUGAGUGUUAUUUAUGGUUUAGUAUCAAUAUAGGAAAGGCAUGGAUUACUUUGUUUAUUCAUUAUAUGUAAUAAAAGAGGUGAAGGCCUCUGCUUGGUUCUGACUGGUUGGUUAUCUGAACUUGAUCAUGUACUCUACUGAAACAGCAGUAGGUGUGUUUCAUACUUAAAAGCCUGGGAGUGCUGUUAAAACUAGAUUUUUCUCUCAAAUGCAGUGUUGAACCAGUUAAUUUACUCUUGCUAAGAACAGUCUAGUCUUUUUUGCUGCAGAGUGAAUGGUACCACAUUCAUUUCUAACAAAGUGUAACGGUUGGGUUGCACACCCUCGGGGCCCUGCAAAACUCAAUUUGUUUAAAGGGCAAAGGGGCAUGAAAGGUUCUUGUAAUUUGCCAUGGCAAAAGUUAAUUUCGGCAACACACCGGGGCAUGGGCUGAUUAGAAAAACAUGACGAUUUCCACAAUGCUGCAUUUUUGAUGCAACGGUAAAAUUGAGCAUUACACAGAAUACAUAUGAAUAUCAGUACCAGAGAUCAUGUGCCUUAACAAACUAGCACUUGUGUAACAGAAAAUCAAGUGCAAGGCAAUAUCAAAGAUCAUAGUCUUUUAAUGAAAAAAAUAAAUUAAAUGAAAAUUCGAUCAACUUAAAUUUACAAAGAAACUAGACUAACGUUUCAUAAUAGAAAACACCAGUUUAAUAUUUAAUGAACUAAAUCCACGUCGAUGAAAUCCAUAUCUGUCAGGCUGAAUUUUGUAUUUUAGCUGGUAAUCAAUAUAUUGUAUUUGUAAUCUGGGAGACUGUUUCAGUGUGUCUUUGUACUGUAUUUACCAGCAUGUGAGUGCAAAAAUUUUGG